AGACGAAAGUAACCUACUUCCUUCAGCCAAGCAGCGGCUGCUUCUGUUGGUGUACUUGGAGAAUAAAAGAGGCGAACUGUAACUUGCGUCUUUGAAAACAGGCAACUUUGACAGCGUGAGAGCUCGGCGAUAGUAAAGUGCGAAGUGACUCACUAAAUCUGGUUCACGUAAGAGUUUCUCAGGUAGAGGUGCGUCUGAAGAUAUGGCCAAGGUACAAGUGUUAAAUGUUGCUGUAUUGGAUAACCCCAGCCCGUUUGGAAACCCGUUUCAGUUCGAAAUAACGUUUGAAUGCAUGGAGGACUUGCCGGAAGACCUGGAAUGGAAGAUCAUUUAUGUGGGUUCAGCUGAGAGCGAGGAGUACGACCAGGUUUUGGACUCUGUUUUAGUGGGCCCUGUACCAGCUGGCAGACACAUGUUUGUGUUUCAGGCUGACGCUCCUAACACAGGGCUGAUUCCAGAAAGCGAUGCUGUAGGAGUGACCGUAGUCCUUAUAACCUGUACCUACCGUGGACAGGAGUUCAUCCGCAUCGGCUACUAUGUCAACAAUGAAUACACGGACCCUGAACUGCGAGAAAACCCACCUCUCAAACCAGAUUACUCUCAGCUCCAGAGGAAUAUUUUGGCCUCGAAUCCUCGUGUCACCCGUUUUCAUAUCAACUGGGAGGGCUUGGCAGACAAGAUGGAAGACAGUGAGAAUGUUGACCCGUCCCCCAACAUCAGUGGCAUGCUCCCUCCAUCCUGUAUACCAGGAAAGAUGCCACAUCUAGGAGUGAUGCCAGAUAACUCCAUGGACUGCAUGUAAGAGGCAUCAGAUGAAUGCAAUGGAUAAGGAGCCCUUCUUAUCUAUACACACCCACAUUGCAGACACACAUUUAUACAAGGAGGCCAUGGAUGUUUCUGUAUAACAUGUGGACUUUAACAGAAAGCACAGGACACCACAGCAUAGACAUUAUCUUUUUAUAAAGCACUCAAAAAUGGGAUUGGUCUGGAAUUGUUACCACCUUUGGUUCCUCCUCUUUACGCACUUCCUUUCAACACACACACACAGGUGUGCACAGUCAGAUUUGCCUUAAUUUAUUGUAUUUCUGUAUAAGAUUAUAUUUCAUGCCUGGCUGAAAGAAGUGCAGAUCAUCAGUGCUGGGCCGGGUCGCUUCAACAGACCUGAAACGUGUGGGACAAACUCAAGAUUCUGAUACCCAUGCUGUUCAUUUUGGCCUUUUCUGCACAGAUCAACUAGUGCUAUGUGAUGGGAAGGAUGUAGCACCUAGUUGCUUAUAGUAGAGCACUUCAUUCUUUGUAAGAUUUGUCUCUUGUGACACCUACUGGGGGGAGGGAAUUGGGUUUAAAUUAUGGGCCAUGUUUAUGAUAUUGUGGCAUCAAGUGGCUUUAUUCGCAUUAACAUGUUUUGCCCCAAGGUUAUCCAGAUUACUCGGUAAACCUGCUUCUGUGAAUAGGCCCCAGUUCACCUACUGUUACAUAAAACGCCUAUAUGAGCAAAACAUGUAGGUAAUGAUGAAGGAUGCCAAACUGCAUUGUGUGUGUGUGUGGAUGAUUUAGGCUUACUGUAAAUAAUGUUUUCCCUGUUCUUAUUUUGUCUUCAAAACAAGAAGGCAUGUUUUCAUUUUGUACUUACUGUACAUUCUCAGCUUCAGUAUUUGUAACAACAGUGAUGGGGUUAAUAAAGUUUUUUUUGUUGACCUUGUCGUGUUUCCUGUUAAUCAGAACAUGUUACAUACGGCUGCUUUCCACCUUGACUUGUGUGGAAGGAAGCACUGCAACAGCAGAGAGACUCGGCAUGUUGGCUUGCUCCUCGCCCUCCCAUCUCUGGCUCCUUUCUGUUUUCUGAUUUCAUUCAUAAAAUGCAGCACCACCAUUUUCACUCUAGCCUCAUGUUGCUAGGCAACUGCUGCACAAAAGGAAGGGGGGACCUGUCUGUGCUCUCUUGCACAUUUUAUCUUAGUUGAAGGGACCAACUCCCCCAUCCAUCCAUCUGUUACCUCUGUCUACUUCUCACAUGUUUGCACAGUUGACCAGUUUAUUUUCAUAUAUUCAUAUUUAGCAGUAAAACCCAUAUGCAGCUUCAAUUAUCCUUUAACAGCAGCCUGUAGCAGCGCUCAAAUGAUUUGUAGGUUGUAGGGGUCAGUUCCUACAAAUGUAGAUUUAAAUGUAAAUUUUGUAUUUAUUUAUUAAUAUUAUUAUUAUUAAUUAUUAUUUUUUAUAAAUGUCUGCCAUUAACUUGUGAAGCAUUUGACAUUGUUAUCAUCAUCAUCAUCCUGUCUUUUGUGGGGGGACUGUGAUAUAUAAGUUACAACCAAGUAUAAGCAGAAUUAGUGAUUUGGUUGUUUGAGUCCGUUUUACAUAACCGUGGUGGUGUCAAACCCUGCAGCAACUGAAAGAUCUCGUAUUCAUAGAAUGGAUGUUUUUUCAUACCAUGAGUUUUCUUUUUCUUUUCUUUUUUUUAAUUACCAACACAAGGUGAAAUUGUUAUUGAAAUUAGAUAUUCAGAUGCAAAUCCAUGUGAAACCGAGCCUUUUGAAGGUCCUGUUCAUAAAAGGACUCUCGGUCAUAUGCUAGGCUAAGCCUGCAGGUGAUCCAGGUGCUGGGGUGGAUGUGCUGUGUUGAAGGAAGCAGUUGGAGGGUUUCGAUGACUGUAAAACAUUGAGACAGACGGUAUCUCUCCGAGUGUUUAGAAAGACCGUCUUGUUUCCUGAUAUUAUUUCUCACUAAGUACACUCAUCAUUUAACGCACGGCGGUCUGCGAAAUGUUUAGAAGUCCUGCCAGCCCGACCGCGCCGCGCGUGCGUUAAAUUCUGACCAACAUUUCUAAAAAUAGCUCGCGGUUGACGUCACUUGGCCAAACGUGUAUCAGUCGCUUGGUGGCGGUGGGAGUGGGGGGCUGAAGAGGGUUUUUUUCUACCUGCCAAUCGUUACUCAGAGCCAAUGGACAUCUUCACAUUCGCCGAGAUUCCCACGGUUCGCCCGCAUCGAGCCAAUGGAGGACGGAAACCAGGAAAAGUGGGCGGGUAUGUCGUCGGGAGGAAAAUAAUCGGUGACGUUCCCCUCACUCGCUUUGUGUAGGGCGGUAGGAUGGUGCCGCGCUUGAUGGAUUGCGAAGAGCCAAUCAGUGCCUUUCGUGGGAUACCGGCAUACAUAGGUUGCCAAUCCGCGGGCUGGUUGCAGCUGUCAAUCAAAAACCGGUUCUGGCUAGUAGGCGGGACGUUCAGUCGACUGUAGUUCCGUCAUCUCGCUCGUCUCCGAGGCUACGGGGGGCCAAUGUUGAUUUGGGUGAAUUCCCGUCGUCGUCGGACCCCGCCGAGGUUUAAUUUUUAAAAGCUGGGUUUGGUAACGAAAAGUGGCGGCUCUUGGGCUGAGAAUAUCGCGUCCCCGCCUCUGGUGUCGUUUUUCUUUAGGCUGGGGAGAGGUGGGGAGCCGGGGGGGCUCGUUCGGCGGGGGCUGCAAGGAGGGACAGGCGAAGACUGGAUCCUCCGUGUUCAGGCCAUCUGCGCCGAGCUCGGCCUUACGGUCCAGUGAAGCCCCAACGACCGAGAUACCUCAAAGGUAUCCUCCCUGUGGAUUUGAACUAUAUAUCGGUCGCCGGUUGCUGAUGACUGAGGAGUGAGUGAGCCAGCUUUACCAUCUCGUCUCGCCCUGGCACCGCAUCAGCAGCUGCCAGGCUAUUAAAGACCAAGACCUCGGAGUUAACGCUUGGUGCUUUUGGAUUUAGAAAAUACCGAUCAGACCUAAUCGAGAUUAGACCGGCUUGAGAAGGCUGCAGGGCGGCCAAAAAGCCACGGAUCGCCCGUUGACAGGUUGUCAUCAUGGGCAACGCGCCCACGGCCAGGAAGGGCAGCGAGAUGGAAAGCGGUGGGUACCGUCGCCUGUACGCUACACAUAACACAUUGCUCUGUUCCAGCCUCACGAAAUCACCAGAGACGGCGUGACACAGCGGCUAUGUUAGCUUCAUUUAACAUUCCAUGUAGCGGCCUAUUUCUGCUGUCUGAUUUAAAAAGAUCCA